UUGAGGACGCCGUGUCUGCCGAGCUGUAGUAGGGUAAAGACAGCUGCUCUCAGCGACGGAGGAAGGAACGGAAAAAGCCGUACAAUGCAUUAGCCAAAGGCAAUGGCUCGUCCCCAGCUCUCCCAGUGAUUCUCUCACCGAGCCGCUCCGAGAGAAUUAUGGCGUGAGAAAAGCCGUGGGAUAAUUAAAGCGAAACUGUCGGGAGUUACUUGUAGCGGCAGACUCUGCUGCUGCUGCUGCUGCCUGGAAGUUUUUCGUUGUUUUCCCGUCGGGGGGCCCCGACGCUGGCGGCGGCGGCGGCGGCGGCUCUCUCCCCGGAGCGGUGUCCCGGUCUGCCCAGCCCCAUGCAAAACCUAACGGCUCCUGGCGGCCCCGGCAACUCCAAUGUCACCUGCUCCUGCAACUGCACCGCUUCCCAGCCACAGGGAAUGGAGAUAUCUGAACUGGAGUUUGUUCAGAUCAUCAUCAUCAUCGUUGUGAUGACUGUGAUGGUGGUGGUGAUCAUCUGCCUGCUCAACCACUACAAGCUCUCCACCUGGUCUUUCAUAACGAGGCAGAGCCAGGCCCGCAGGCAUGACCAUGCCCUACAACAGGACGGGUGCCUGUGGCCUUCAGACAGCGGCUCUCGGCAAGGUGCCUCGGAGGUGUUAUAUGCUCCGCAGGCGAGGGAUCGCUUCACCGCUCCCUCCUUCAUGCAGCGUGACCGCUUCAGCCGCUUCCAGCCCACCUACCCCUACCUGCAGCAUCAGAUUGACCUGCCGCCCACCAUCUCUCUGUCGGACGGGGAGGAACCACCGCCGUACCAGGGACCCUGCACCCUCCAGCUCCGUGACCCCGAGCAGCAGAUGGAGCUGAACCGCGAGUCGGUGAGGGCACCGCCCAACCGGACCAUCUACGACAGUGACUUGAUCGACAUGGGAGGAGGCGGGAGUCUAGGAGGGGUAGGGGGAGGAGGGGCUGGGAUGGGGGGCGGUGGCCCGAGGCCGCCCAGCAGUAACUCGGGCAUCAGUGCCGCCAACUCCAGCAGCCACGGGCGUAUGGAGGGCCCCCCGCCAGCAUACAGCGAGGUGAUAGGCCACUACCCUGGCUCAGCAUUCUUUCUACACCAGCACAGCAAUAACCAGAGGGUGGGGAGGCCGGGGGGGCUGGGGAGCAGGACAAUCCAGCAGCAGAGCCAAUCAGAAAGCACAAUUGUACCUGCCAAGGCCAAGGACGGCCAACCAGAGGACUUGGUGUGAAGAAACAGGGAGGGGAGAGGUAGGGCAACCCACCCCAGACUGAGAUCUGUGUCUCUCGUUCACCCCAGACCUCCUGUAAGCCGGGGUGUCUCUUAUCGCUCUGUCUCUCACGUCCUCUCUCCACACUCCCAUGCACAAACACACCAACUUUAGCUACAGAAACGAGCAAAGAGAGGAACCAACAACUGAUCUCAUUUCAUCCAUGCGCUAGCACUGCUGGGACAGGAUGUACGCACUGUGUCCAGACUUUUUUUUUCCUCCUUAUUUUAAGAAAGAACCACACUGCUAGCACAGAUUGAAACAGUUUUCUCUUUCAACCCCCCCACUCCCCCCGGCGGCGAUGCCGCUGUCCCCAGGAACUGAGGAGGGAUCAGUUUUGGGGGGGUUUGUUGUUUUCUUCUUUCUUCAUUGUUUUUCUGUUUUUGGACCGGGAUCUGUGCACAAAGCGAGAACUGAGAAUCAAGGACUUUACAGAGAACACAACGAAACAAGAGACUCACAAACCCAAAUCUUAGUGCCAAGGUUCACAAGGAAGCAAAACAAAGGGGGGGAAUGACUUGUUUUAACAUUGAAAACACAAAAGAAACGUUAUCUCAAAGUUGCACUAUCUUUUUGUUGUAAAAGAGAAGAGGGAAAUGAUGUUAUGUUAUAACAGCGAUGUUUUUAA